AUGACCAAGGAAAGUCUAAGACAUGCACGCGGCGAAGCGGCCAGCUUUGUUGCCAUCUUACACGGCGGAGUGGGGUAUGCCAUCUUGCCGUCGUGCAGUGCCAGCCAUCCGAAUCGUCACCAGCACCCCGGCCAUUAUGAGCGAGCUGCUAUGAGUGCCUUAGGCUUCGUGCUCUUUGAAGCAUACUCAUUGUGGCUUAAAUCGGUUUCGUCUUGUGCCUCUUGCGCCCCAUCGAUGAUCCCCUGUCUGGACCGUCAAAAAGCUGCUCGCCACGAGGUGGAGAAGGCCGAUUUCGUCAUCUACACUGACCAACCUGCUUUCAUACCUCCCCCUUCACUUGGUCCGUUGGCUAGCACGACAGAGGCGGAGCCCCUGGUGGAGAGACCGGCCUCCGCUGCUAGGCGAGCCGGCCGCCGGCUCUUCUCAGUCCAAAAGAGAUUGUGGCCACGGGGUUCUUCGUCAGCACGCCGGCCACGUAUAUCUGCACCAACCAACUUUCAGCAUAUAUCUAGCGGCUCGCUGCAGUUCCCGCCCCCGAGCAGGCCAAGGCAGCGGCGGAGAUCCUUUCGACCACUUGAGCUUAGUAUAUAUUCGGCAGACAACUACUUGUCACCAAUGCUGCCGCACUUUGAACAAGAGGAUCGCGAUCCGUGCAUUACUUCGCCGCAGCCUGUACAUAUAAGAGACAGCUUCGAUUCGGACGCGUCAACAUUAACUUACCAGGAGAGCUUCUCUUCCUCUUUCCACAUCCCUCGCCGGCCGUUGCCGCACCGUUCUGUAUCCCCUGGAGACAGUAUUGACAGUCCACCCAGGAUCCCAUCAAGGUCGCGUCUAAGGGCGGCUCUGACAUCACCAGAGCGCGUAGAGAUGAUGGUUGAACGUAUUGCCAGCGCCAUGAUCGAGAAGGAGACUCUGCAGUCAGACAUAGACCAUGUCGUGGAGAGGCAGAGCAUAUAUACGGGCAGGGCCGCCCUUACUGCUCCCGGUGUCGAAAAAAUCGCGCCCAUGCCGUCCAUUCCUGCAACGCCUGCUGCAGCACCAUCGUUUGCGCAACGACUUAGCCUUGAUCGGCCGCAGACAGCACCUCAGAAAGCUGUGGCCGUCGAAAUUUCUACUUUCACAGUCCCUCCCGUUUUUGAUGUCUCGCAGUUGUCAAGGUCUCAAACACGCUUUACAUCACAAUCUACCCAUGAACUCUUGGACAGGCCAAUAGGGCCUUCGUUACCUCUUGUCUUCCGACCGCCACUGAGGAAGAAAAAAUCUUUUUCACACGUUUCCACGUGGCUUUCCCCCAACGAAUAUGGAGAGCAGUAUCGCGAUCGGGGGUCCAGUUUCGAGUCGGCCGCGAACGAACAAACUCGAACCACAGAAAACAACGACUACUACACGUACGCUACUGUUCCAGCCAGGCGAGCCAGCAUCGCUUCGGUUUCCAGCAUGUCGUCAUGGUCUGCUGAGGAAGAAUAUUCUUACGUAACGACACUCUCGCCCCCUUCUACUAGUCCGGUCAGGUCUAGGUCACCGAGGCCAGAUGUGUCAACAACGCCUCGGACAAGUCGCAUGUUCACCUUUGGCCGACUUUCAAUCAACUCUAGACAACAUUGGCCACACAAUGUAGGCAUUGCUUAUUGA